UUUGCCUCCUUGAUGUCUUUGUGCUCAACUGAUCUGUAAAAUGGGACUACGAGUGCCUUUGAGAACUUCCUCGCAGAACUGCUGAACCUUGCAGCACGGUACAAACAGAAAAUUACUAUAAAAGCAUUCAUAGCCCCCGAUCCGCCUGGCACCACUGCUGGUGGUGGUGACCUGGGUGGGGGCAGUCAGAAGACAGAUUCGCGGGUGGCACGCAGUGCAAUGGCUGCUGGCCUUGGACUGCCUGCGUACAGGAUUCCCGGAGGGGUCCUAAGCACUGGUAUAGCUCUUGAGCCCACCACUCUGUUGGAGCUAUUGACUCCAUGCGGACUUUUGUUGAAGAUCAGACAAGCGGAGUGUUUUCCUAGGUAUUGAGUCUCACUGUGCAGGGGAGUUCUGCAGGCCCCGAGCUGGGUGAUCAUGGCUGCUGCCUCCCUGCUGAGGAACCUGGAGGACGAGGUGUUGUGCUCCAUCUGCCUGGACUUCUUGAAGGACCCAGUGACCAUCAACUGUGGUCAUGUCUUCUGCUACCUCUGCAUCAUUAAGGUCUGUGAGUCUUCAAAGCAGUCACUGCAUUGUUCUCUCUGCAAGAUAGCUUUCAAGAAAGAGAACAUCCACCACGUGUGGCAGAUGGCCAGCCUGGUGGAGAACAUCUGGAGGAUGAAGAUAGAUGAGGAACAAAGAACUCGAGAAGAGAGACCCCCGGAGCAGCGAGCAGAAAAGCUGUGCGGGCGGCAUCUGGAGCUGCACUACUACUGCAAGGACGACAGGCAGAUCCUAUGCGUGCUGUGCCGCGAGUCCCGAGAGCACCAGCACCACGCUGCCAUUCUCUUGGAGAAAGCUGCACAACCUUUUCGGGGUAAAAUUCUAAGCCAUCUGAAGGUACUGAAGGGAGAAAGGGAUAGAAUUCAGAAUUUUCAGUCUACAGGACAGGAUGAAAUUCAGGCCCUGCUGACAACAUUCCAGAACCACAAGCAAGAUAUUGCUACAGUGUUUGAACAGGGCCAUCAGUUCUUGAGAGAGUGGGAGCAGUACCUCCUGGAGUGGCUGGUGAGACUGGAGCAAGAGCUCACUGAAGGGAGGGACAGCCGUGUCACCAAAGGCUCAGAGGAGGUGGUCCGGCUCGGGACUCUGAUCUCCGAGUUGGAGAAGGCGGCUCGGCAGCCAGCCCUGGAGCUUCUGCAGGACCCAAGUGACAUAUUAAGCAGGUAUCCCAGGAAGAAGUUCUGGAUUGAAAAGCCUAUCAGUCCUGCAAUCAAAAAACAGGCAGAAGAAUUUUCAGACAAACUUCUUUCUUUAGAGAAAGGACUCAGAGGCUUCCAUGGAAAGUUGAUGAGGGAUCUGGAAUACAAAACAAUGAGGAUCGUCCUGAAUUCUCAGACAGCCAGUGGUUACCUGUCAGUGUCUCCAAAUGGGAGGAGUAUGAUAUUUACUGGCUCGUGGAUGAACAAAUACCAGCAGGGCCAGCGCUUUGAUCCUGAGCCUGCUGUGCUGGGCAGCAGUGGCUUCACGUGGGGCAAAGUGUACUGGGAAGUCAAAGUGGAUAGAAUCUGGUGGGGGGCAGAGGAGGAGGAAGAAGCAGUGAGGUGCAGAGGCGGGGUCAGGGGCAUGUUCAGCAGUAGCUGUUUUAGUGGAUUCUUAGGCAUCAGUGAGGGAUAUGGUGCUCCUGGCUAUAGAAAUGAGCAUGAAGAGUUGGAGGAGGAGGAGUGGUCUCAGGGAAAUGGAAUAUGGCUCAAAUUCUGCAUAGUAGGGGUGGCAAGAGAGUCGGUGGUAAGAAGAGGAUUUCUCAACUUCAGCCCUGAGGAAGGAUUCUGGACUCUGCAGCUGUCUUCAGCUGGGGUCUCUGUGUAUGCUGGCUCUGAUCCUUUCCAGAUUCUGUCCUACUGCCCGAGGCAGAUUGGAGUCGCUCUGGAUUAUGAUGGAGGGAAGGUAACCUUUACCAAUGCUAGGACACAAGAAGUCAUCUACGAAUUCUCAACUUCCUUUUCUGGGAAAAUUUUUCCUUUUCUGUGGCUUAACUGCAUGAGAUCCAGACUUACACUGAGACCCUAAGACAUGACCUUUUCA